GCAGGAAUCAGUUAUGCGCAGUGCUGCGUAGAUGCAAUUUUGUUGUUCGUUGUUGUAGAAAAUGGGGAUCUAUUUGUAAAUAUUUAAGCUACUAACACUUGACGUUCUUUCUAUCGAGGCUCUCUGCAGUUCCGAUUUCUUUGAACAAGACUAUCUUUAUGGGAAAUGUGGUUAUCCUUGUGAAAACUACAACACCCAUGCGUAGCAACUUAUUUAUCUAGCUUUAUCUCGGGCAAGAACCUGUGUUUACACAAUGUCCUCGUUAGAAAUACUCUUGAACAAGUAACGUAUAUAAUUUUCGACAAAGUUUUUACCGAUAACUGCAAACAUGAACACAAUUUUUGCAGUACUUCUUGUUUUUGUUGGGUGCUGCAGCAAUGUUGUGUUUCUGGAACUACUUGUAAGAAAGUUUCCAGGAUGUGGCAACAUUGUGACCUUCGCUCAAUUUGCCUUCAUUGCAUUGGAGGGGUUCAUCUUCGAGACGAAUUUUGGAAGAAAGAAACCGGCUAUUCCAAUGAGCAACUAUGUGAUCAUGGUGACCAUGUUCUUCACUGUCAGUGUGAUCAACAACUAUGCCCUCAACUUCAAUAUCGCUAUGCCUCUGCACAUGAUCUUCAGAUCUGGAUCAUUAAUAGCUAAUAUGAUCCUGGGUAUAAUAAUUCUGAAGAAAAGGUAUUCAAUGAGUAAAUAUCUCUCCAUAGCGAUGGUAUCUCUGGGUAUCUUCAUAUGCACCAUUAUGUCCGCCAGACAAGUGAACACAGGGGCCGAGGGCUCAGAGGAGCAAGAUGUUUAUGCCCUCCUGCACUGGCUGCUAGGGAUCGCCAUGUUGACCUUUGCUCUGCUCAUGUCUGCGAGAAUGGGCAUUUUCCAGGAGACCCUGUACAAGCAGUAUGGCAAACACUCCAAGGAGGCUCUCUUCUACAAUCACUGCUUGCCUCUUCCUGGGUUCCUGCUUCUGUCCUCAGAUAUCUACAACCACUGUGUCCUCUUCAGUCAAAGCACUCCUGUAGAGGUUCCUGUGAUUGGCCAGGCUGUUCCAGUGAUGUGGCUAUACCUGCUGAUUAACGUAAUCACACAAUAUGUGUGUAUCCGCGGCGUGUUCAUCCUGACCACAGAGUGUGCCUCUCUCACCGUGACCCUGGUGGUCACACUGAGGAAGUUCAUCAGCCUCAUCAUCUCCAUCCUCUACUUCAAGAACCCCUUCACCGCUUGGCACUGGGUGGGCACUGCCGUCGUCUUCCUGGGCACCCUGAUUUACACGGAGGUCUGGACUAGCGUCCGCAUGGCACUGAGAGGAAAAGAAGAGCUGAAAGAGAAGAAGGCAGAGUGAUACGCAGCACAGAAGGCGGAGUAAUACACAGCACUGACGUAUCACUCAAUGACUGUUUUUCACUUAAUCUUUCCUCAAUUCCUUGCAUCCUCUCUCCUUGCCUCAUUCUCAAAACACAUUGGAGAAGAAGGUCUGGGGAGGGACCUGAGACAUUCUCUUCCAAUAUGACUAUAAACGAGAGAGGAUGCGAGGAAAUGUCGAAAAGGGAAAUGAAGAUAGAGCCAAUGUCACGAGAGUGCCUCUGGCAGCACUGUUGUGUGUACAGUACUGUAUUUGUUGUAGGUGUGCUCCCCCUUCUCUCUCUGCUGCAGUCGCAGUGGGACCAUGUCUGUUUUUAAUAGGAUCAUAAUUAUGUAUUUUAAGUAAGGUUUUUCCUAUUUCCUUAGAAAAGAUGGCUUCCCAAUAGGCUUCCCGCCUAACCCAUUUUUAAGGACAUCACCUAUCAGUGGAGGCUGCUGAGGGGAGGACGGCUCAUAAUAAUGGCUGGAAUGGCGUGAAUGAGCAGGCAUCAAAUGCAUGGAAACCAGACCAUUCCACUAUUCUGUUCCAGCCAUUACCACGAGCCCAUUCUCCCCAAUUAAUUUGACACCAACCCCCUGUGCUAGACAAACACUACAGUACCUAUUGACCGAAUAAGCCAAGGCAAGCUAAAAAUAAAAAACACAUAUAUAAUAAUUAUAAUAAAAAAACAUAUUUGUCCUCUGAAGACAAAGGGGUUAAUAAAAUAAGGCAAGCUGUUGUGGAACUGA